AUUUGCACGUUCUAUUAUAUUAUUAUUAUUAUUAUUUACUUACUCCAGUUUGUCUAUCUAUAUAAUUUUACUCGAUUAAAAAGUUUUAUGCAGUUACCAACGAGAGCAGCCCUCGCUGGGAGACUCACCCACCAUUUCCAGCCGGACAAUCAAGCUCUCAAGUCUCACCUCACCUUCAACCUUCCUCUCCCCUUCUUGCUGCUACAGAUCUACUACAGGUUUGCUGUUGGAGCUGUUACAGAUUUGCUCCUGGAGCUACUGUCAAAGCUGUUAGCUGCUGCCUGUGCCGAACUCCCUCUCUGCUUGCUGCCUGUGCCGGACCCUCUGCUUGCUACUUGUGCCGGACCCUCUGCUUGCUGCCUGUGCCGAACCCUCUGCUUGCUGCCCGUGCCGGACCCUCUGCUUGCUGCACUGUGCCGGACCCCCUCUGCUUGCUGCCUGUGCCGGACCCUCUGCUUGCUGCACUGUGCCGGACCCCUUCUACUUGCUGCCUGUGUUUCUGAAGAUCAGCCUGUUCUGCCUAUCCUUCGACCAACUUUGACUAUUAGGGUGAAGCCGUUAUACCAGAGGAAAAGUCAUAAUGGGGCUUUGCUUAAUCAAAACGUGUUCUUGACCUCUUGUAGAUGUACUUUAGUUAAGGAUGCUAUAAGAUGUGCAGAUGACUAUUUCAGAUUUCUAUGCAAAUGCAUAUUGGACAAAUGUUCAACAACAGAUGUGGACUUUUUAACAAAACGAACUUCCAAGACCAUUAUCAAACGUCUUCAAUCUCUGACGAAAAAUUCUAGUGAAAAAAUCACCUAUAAAGAAGUGGUGGAUAGGUUAAGAAAGGUCACAAAUAAAGAAUUUGAAACAGAACUUCAGUGGGGUGUUGCUUUAACUGCAGAACAUCUAAGUUACUUGGCUGAUGUGAUCUGUAAGAAGCGUGUAAUCAUUUACAAUUAUCCAAAAGAAUUGAAAUCAUUUUAUGUACGCUUGAAUGAUGAUCGAUGUAUAGUUGCAGCAUUUGAAAUGGUUCUACCCGAGGUUGGGACACUAAUUACAGGCAGCCAAAAUGAAGAAUGCGUCAAUAUGCUAAGUGCAAGGUAAAUCAUUCUUUGCUUUUCUUCUUUUAUCAUCCUUUGUAGUUGGUCUAUUAGAACUAAUUUGAUUUUUUUUUAAAAAAAGAAGUACCUAGCC